GCGCAAGAGGACUCCGGACUGCAACAAAUCCGAGUAGUAAUCGUAACAAAGUGCAUUUUGUGCGUCCUAUCGGGAGUAAAAGGAUUUUUUUUUGUCAAGUAAUUUCAUCAGCUGAAGAUACCCCGCGAUUAUGCGAUGUAAGAGCCAUUGGUGCUGUGAGCAAACCCCGCCUCAAUCGCACUCGAUUGAUGACACCAUUGACACAACAAGUUAGUCCUAUACCUUACGGUGAUAGUAGUCACAAUGUCGCCGAAGAGUGUCAAAUCCGCGUGUGGCAAAGUGACUAGAAAAGCUCGUAAAGUAGUCGGUGUUACUGUGGUAACGCGAGUACUAGGUGAACGGACAGCAAGGCAAGAGCGUAGACGAAGAACAGUGGAGACGAUGAUAACUGGAAAAAAUAGCAACGCUGGUGGCGCAAUUGCUAGUGAGACAGGUCGAUUUGGUGGUGUGCGCACGCGUCAAUCCCUGGAUCCCGAGGCACUGGACGGCGCCCUGUUGUUGCAGUGGAUGGAGAAACAUCAGAGGAGAAAAAAAAAGUGUAGUCAUGAGGCAUCCAAGGAUCCUGAUGACUCCAACGAUGGGGUCAAGACUGAUUUUUCGGUGGAUGAAAAGCAUUUUGACAUCAAGAGCGAAGAUAUUGAGAGGAGAAAAUGUGACAUACAGGGAGAUGAUGCAACGAAUAAUAAUAAUGAUGAUGAGUUGAAGGAACUGAAGGUCAGUUCACCAAGAGAAUCAUCGCCAACAUGUCAUCCACAAUUGGCUUGUACAACGCAUGCGCCUUUGGAAGCCCUGAGAAAUGUAUUGGAGGGUUACGACCAUAGUAGGAUAUAUCUGGCACACGUUUCAUUUCUCGACUGGCGGGAUUUACCUGGUAGGCGUUCUGUGAGUGGUGAACGUGUAUGGGUGGUAGGGGCUGCCGACCAUGAAGGUAGACAUCGUACAAGACUCCUGGUUGCUGGUCGUCAUUGGCGACCGCGUUGUCUGCGGGGGGUCAAUAUGAUUACUCAACCAGUUGUUUAUGCUGGGGGCGGUAGUGGUUCACUAACAGCUGAUCUAUUUUUAUGGUGGUUUCAUCGAGAGUUUGCUACAACGGCAAUAGCUAUGCAUCCUGAUGGGGCAAUACUAGUGGCGGAAUCAGGGGAUUAUCUACCGCCGGAAGUUGAAUGUAUCACUGCUGAUGGUCUUGUUAGAUUAUUGGUUGUUCCAAAAGAUUAUUUAGAGCCUAGAGUUGUCACCAAUGAACUGCGGAUGAGACUUGCUACCGGCCUGCUCACCCGGCUUCAUUGCCAUUUUGAUUUGGAGGAAACCGGUAAAUGUAAUUUGGAGGAAGAGAUUGGAAAAUUUAGCUUGAAGGAGGCCUUUGCUGAACUUCAUCGUGCGUGGUUGAGCAUACGGUCUGAAACAUUUAGUCGCAGUUGGCUGGUCCUUCAAGAGCACGAAAACUUGGGAAUUCCGUCGCCAGGAGCUGGAGCAUCAUCACUGUCCGCUGGAUGCAGUGGAGUAUCGAAUCAUCACAGCAACGAUCAGCAGCUGAUAUGUCAACUUUGUAAACUGGCGAAUGAAGCCGGAAUUGAAGUUGGAGAUGCUGAGCUUCAGAAGUGGAUUUUAGAUGAAGAGAGUGAAUUCGCCAGACGAGUGAGGAAAAUUGAACGCGAGGGUAAUGAUGAUGGUGAUACUGAUACUGAUAAGGAGAGUGCUGAUAGUGGUGAUACAUCUGACGCUGAUGUACCAAGUGCUGAUGAGACUGUGCGACUUCUAUCGCGGGUACUUUUGUGGAUGGAAAGAGCACCGUUAGACCCCGGUCUUCUACUUGCGAUUAGAUCGAUGAGAGAUGUCGCUUCUGUAAUGGCGAGUAAAAUGGGCCUUGCGGGUACCCAUCCGAGUGGAUUACCAGCAUUUUUCUGUCCAAAUGGUGAACACCUGACACAACCCCCGCCAGCACACAUGGGAAUACCGCCUUACGGAGCGCUGGACGCAGGCAAGGCGGCAGCGGCGGCUGGUGAGUACUGGCCAGCAUCAUCACAUGGCUCACCUACACACGCAACAAACUGGAAGCGACUUCUAGCAGCAGCAGCUUCCACAGGUUUGACAAGAGCACCUAUGUACCCAUUCUCGACAGGCCAGUAUCCUUACCCAAUGCUGAGUCCGGAGAUGACACAAGUGGCUGCAUCUUGGCACACACCGAGUAUGUAUCCCAUUUCCCCGGCGAGUGCAGGCUUCAGGAGUCCCUAUCCCACGAGUUUACCCAUCACAAGUUCCAGUUUACCAAGUGAUCUCUAUCGGUUUUCACCAACCGGCCUUAUGCCACCUCACCCCGGACUGAGUCCGCAUGCACAUGCGCUGGCGUCCCACGCGCUAGUGUCAUCAGCACCCAAAGCGGAUCACUCAACCUUGGAUCACAAUCACAGGUCUUCGAUAGAUCAAAAAAAUUCAACGUCAUUAUCGUCGGACAACACAAAAACACAGGAUACUGGCCAGCAAAAUAAUCAAGAUAAAAAGAAGCCUCAUAUAAAAAAGCCUUUAAAUGCAUUUAUGCUGUAUAUGAAGGAAAUGAGAGCAAAAGUGGUGGCAGAGUGUACCUUAAAAGAGAGUGCUGCGAUCAACCAGAUUCUUGGAAGGCGGUGGCAUUCGCUAAGCCGAGAGGAGCAGGCGCGGUAUUAUGAGGCGGCCAGGCAGGAGCGCCACCUACACCAGCAACGCUACCCCGGCUGGAGUGCCAGGGAUAACUACGGAUACGGCAGCAAGAAGAAGAAGAGGAAGAAAGAGCGAUCCACAGAUCCCACCGGAGGUAACAACAUGAAGAAAUGUCGUGCUAGGUAUGGAUUAGAUCAACAAAGUCAAUGGUGUAAACCCUGCAGGCGUAAGAAGAAAUGUAUCAGAUACAUGGGGGAGGGAGGAGACGGUGAUGGUGAGGGUGAUGGUGACGGUGAUGACGAUCACUCUGAGGAUAAUCUCGGUAGUGUUGGUGAGGCUGGUACACCCGAGGACGACGAGUCACUGAGUAGUCCCGGUGGACUAUCAGCAUUGUCUAGUCUAGCGAGUCCAUCAUUAGUGAUGCCAUCUCCAUCGAGUCUGGCCAGUCCAUGUCCAUGCCCUCUUACUCCACCAGUGCCACUACCACAAUUGCCUCAGAAUUCAAAUCAAGUGCAGGCAGCACCACCUCAUCGAAAUCCCGUCGGCACAAAUCCUCACGAUAUUAAUAAUCCACUCAGCGUUAAUCAAUUGACUGGACAGUGUAUAAAGAGUGAAGUUGGACAAGGACCAUCGGGCCCAUCAAAUUCAGCGAUCAGUGUUACGUAGCCCUGGGCAGCCCCAAGUGACAAGACUCUUAAAUUCAAUGUCAUCGGGGUUCACUUAUAUCUAAUAAUAUUCGGAUUUAUUGGAUGACCAUUGGUGAAUCCAACGAUUUUAUAGCAAUCACUGGUCAUUGUCCGGAUGAAAAAAAUGCCAACUCUAAAUGUUAACGAACAAGUGAGAAGAUUAUUGAAGAAUAAAAAAAUAACUAAUGAUUCAUUAAUACUCAGGACCAAGUGUCUAGCUAUAAGUCACCCUCACUCAUGAUGCCACGUGCAAUGUCAAGGGACUGAUAGAAAAAAGAAAAAAAAAGAAAA